AUGGCUUCCGAGUAUCACGAAAAAAUGAAGGGAUUGGAUUUCAAAGAAAUGGAAGAUAACAUAGAGCAAAGAACACUUGGCGACCCCAUGUCUGAUAAAUAUGAAGAUUUUUUCGAAGCGGCAUCAUUUAUUCAAUCCAAAUUUUUGCUUGAAGAAAUAAUAAAAAGGUAUCCAGACCUCGAGAAUAAAAAUCGGACAUACCAAAUUGGUAUAUGUAUUGAGGUGUUCAAAUCCCUAAAACUUUGGGAAAACACGGUUUGUGAAUUGUUCAACAUUGGCAAACAUACUCUUUCAAAAGAAAAGAUGAAAUUUCCCGCGAUUGUGCACAAAAUGGUACUUGAGCCGGGAAGGCCAAGUGAAAUUAGAAGCAACCGCGAAUCAAUUGUAAAAUACAUUUUUGGUCACAGGAAAGUCGGUUUAGCAGUAACAAGUCUUCAUGUAUUCCAAUUUUGCACCAAUGAAUUGCAAAUGAUGGUGUCAAAAUCAAAUCUCCAUAGAUACAUAAUGCGAUUGACACUGUUUGAAUACGUUUUAGGAAUACCCGACGAAAAUUUCAGAGUGAAAGUGGAAGAAAAAGAUAUCAAAGAAUUUUACAAUGUUACUCUACAAAGAAUAGUUGGUCUUCAUCCAGCACUUGUUUUAAAUGAAGAUGAGAUGGGAACACAACCAUUCACAGACAGAAAAGCCGUGAAAGUGUACGUCAACAAGGGAGAACAAAGAAUGCACAGAACACUUAAAAUUGGACUAAGCAGAGCAGGGAGAAGAACAACACUGAUAGGAUGCAUAGCGUUGAGUGGUGAUGUGUUGACUCCAGGAACUGUUGUGCCAAACAAAACAGUGAAUGUUGUAUUAUAUGACAACAGAUAUGACGACUCUUCGAUAAAAAUAUACAACACGAAGAAUGGCUUUAUAAGCACUGACAUAUUUUUGGCGUGGUUUCGAGAUGUCGUUCUAACUUACAUAAUCAAAAAACGCAAUGAACUUCGUCAAACAAUCGGUGACUUUAAUGAAAAAGCGGCUUUUAUCAUAGAUGGAUGCAGUUGUCACGUCAACGAAGACCUAAGAGUAAUAUGCGAAGAAAAUAACAUUGAGUUGAUCUUUCUUGUUCCUCACUCAAGCCAUAUGACGCAAAGUCUUGACGUGGGUGUCUUUGGUUCUUGUAAGAACCAACUAAGACGGUACUGUGAGUAUGUGACUCAAGUAGUCAAAGAUGAAUAUAACGUUGAAAAUAAAAGCACGGAAAAUGUAUUUGAGGAACAACUUAAUAUGGAGGAAGUGGUGGAGGAGGAAGAAUUAGAUGAAGUGGAAGGAGAAACAAUUACAAAGAAGGUAAGAGAGAAAAGAGGAAUUUGUCUUGUGAAUAGACUCAUCUCAAUGUUGUCUGCAUUUCAGGCGGCAACAACGAGACAAAACGUUGUCUCUGCUUUCCGGCAAUGUGGUAUCACUUACAAGACAGACAUAAACUGUCCAUCAAAAAAGAGACAAUCAUUGUCCCACAAAAGGCGAGAAUUGUGUGUCGGGCAUAUCCAGGAAUUUUUGGGUCUCCGGUUGCAGAAGAGGAUUUAA